AUGCCUGCCUCCGUAGCUCUUGACGCUUCCAGAUUCACCACCGGCUCCGCCGAGGAGCGGGCAGCCUAUGCGAGGGACUUACUCGUCCAACUCGGUGGCAAUGGCUACGUGCGGUUGAAAAACCAUGGCAUUCCCUCCGAGAUGGUCGAGAGCUGUUUUCAAACGAGCAAGGCCUUCUUCGACCUCCCGCUCGAGGAGAAAGCCAAAACUCUAAAUCCCCCAGGCCCCAGUCCGCAGCGGGGUUGGAGCACUCUCGGAGCAGAGAAGACAUCAACCCUGUACGGAAAGCUGAUGGGCCACGACGUCCCCGAUGACCUGAAAGACGCAAGAGAGCACUUCGACUUCGGCGCCCCCGAUGACACCCUCUUCCCUAGCCGCUGGCCGUCGGCCACCACCCUCCCCGGCUUCCAGCCCUUCCUUUACGACUUCUUCCACCGGUGCGAGAAAGUCAGCCACGACAUCCUGCACGCGCUCGAGCUGGCGCUAGACCUGCCCACCGGCUCCUUCCGCGACCAGUGCCUGCCCAACGCCAGCGAGUUCCGGCUGAACCACUACCCGGCGAUCGCGGCCAACGACCUCAACAGCGGCAAGGUCGAGCGCAUCUGGCCGCACUUCGACCUCGGCGUCAUCACCCUCCUCUUCACCGACACGGUCGGCGGCCUCGAGUUCCAGGACCGCGAGAAGCCGGACGAGUUCGUGCUGGUCGAUCCGGCCGAGAAGACGGAGAUGGUGGUGAACAUCUCCGAGACGCUGCAGCGUUGGACGGCUGGCGCGCUGCCUGCAGGGCUGCACCGUGUCACUUCGCCCAAGGCGGUGGCGGCCCUGAACGAGGAGGAUGCGGUUGUGCCCGAGAGGUAUUCGAUAGCGUACUUUUGCAAGGCGGCGAGAGAUGCGCGCGUCUGUCCUUUGCAGCCGUUCCGAGCUCCGGAUGCUGUUUUGGGGGAGGCGGACACGAUGACGGCGUUGGAGUAUCAGCAGAAGCGCCUCCUGACCGCGUACUAA